GAAGUGCCGCGCUAGCAGCAGCAGCGACCAGAGACGCAGAACGAGGAGGAAGCAGCCGUGAAAUCUGCCCGAGUGUCAUUUGUCGACGUUUCCCACUUGAGGCGACUCUCUUGUCGAACGCGCGGAACCAUCCCUCGACCGCAGUGAUGUACGGGAAGGCGGUGUUUUUCGCUGUCGCCGUGGCUCUGAUUGGCGCCUCAGCCGCGGCGGACGCAGGUGAAUGUUCGGCCUCGUCGUGUGAAGCCUGUAGUACCGACACGGCGUGUGGCUGGUAUGACUGCAAGUCCUCUUUUAGCUGUAACAACAAGACUCUGAUGGUAGGAAAUGACACCUGCACCAAUGUCAACUGCACAGUUAAUACAUCCACAACGGCCGCGCCUGUCACUACUCCGCAUACCCCUGUUGUGGCCACCACCGCUAACAGCAGCAACACCACAGGAACCAAUUCAACCACCGCUGCUCCUACUACCAGUAGUAACACAACUACCACGACAUCUCCAACCUCUACAACUGCAAACACCACAAACACGACAAGUGUUUCCCCAACUCCUGCCCCGCACAAGAACUCCACCUUCGACGCCGCCAGCUUCAUCGGCGGCAUCGUGCUCGUCCUGGGCCUGCAGGCCGUCAUCUUCUUCCUCUACAAGUUCUGCAAGUCCAAGGACCGCAACUACCACACCCUUUGAGGCAGCAGAUCCGUAUGAGCCACUAUCCACCACUAACUAGACCCCAUGUGAAAGAACGCCCACUGAACACACACCCAUCACGGCGGACUCAAACAGUGUUUUUGUGCAGGUUUUUUUUAUUUUUUUAUUAAAUCAACCAUGUUUGUGCCACUGGUGCGGCCAUUGUAGUCCGUGUAGAAACUGAUUUCUAUUCGUGGAGCAUUUCAGCCUUGAGCAUAUGGAUGACAUCAGCUGCCAGCUGAUCCCACCUCCACCACGUCGUUAGUCAUCCUGCAGAGAGCAUCUCUCCAAAUUGAACAGUUUGUUAUUUACAGUCUUUAUUUCCUCAGUUUAAUAUGUAACAUGAGCAAGAAUUAGUCAUGUAGUCAUGCAUGGGGAGUAUGUUUCCUGCUGAUUCUUGGUGUAAUGCAGCUGCAGAGUGGCGGCGUUUCCAGCGUUUUCCAUUUGGAAACACUGUUUGAGUUCACAGCUAUUCUUAAACAUAACGUCCGCGAGGAUUCAGUGUUGCUUUUAGCCUGUUGAAUCGUGGGCCGGGUCCCUCUCCCCCAUGCAGCUCUAUCAAGUACACGCGUUCGGAGAUGAUGUAGAAGAGGCGGGGCUUCGUACGAGGGAGUACGAGCAAAAACUAAUCAUCUGAAGUCAGACCCACGAAAUAACUGCUCUUCUGGUAAAGUGUCUUAUUUUUAAUUGGUCUCUCCUUUAACGCGUAGGAGUGCCGUGGAAAUCUUUGACCCACUUUAAAAUGUCAACGUCUGCCAGUAGAGCUGCUCAAUGCAAUAACUGAUGAUUCGAAUUUGUUCCUAAACAUUCAUUUCCCCACUGUUAUUUCACAUCUUUACUGACAUCAAACCAAACCUGCUGAAGUGGAGCUGGCCCUUCCCUAAUGUAGAGUGGACGAGAGGGGCAAAUUUGUACUAUUUCAAUUGUAAUAUUUCAAAAAGGAUGAAUAACUAGUUUGGAUGAUGUAGAAAAUGUUGGUGGGAGGAUAGUGAGAGUGGCAUGCACCUUUCUCGACGUGGAUAUCAUAGCAGUGAAGUGCCUUUUAUGUCCGGUGUGAUGUACUGUGGAGAGAGAUGAAUGAGGAUGAGUCCUUCCUUCCUAGUCGAGGCCUGAGUGUUGUCAUGAGCGUGUUUGUAAGAAGGUCGGCAUCACAGCCGAUACUGGUGAAGCGGUAGUACCCAGCUGGACUGAUGGGCCGUUGUGUCAUGACUCAAAGGCCAUUGCUUUUCCUUGUAGAGAGGAUUCUAUUCAGUGCCUGAUAAGUGUGGUCUUCUCACUGCUGACUGUGUAGAAAUAGAUCAUUUGAAGGCACUGUCCUUUUUUUUUUUUUUUUUGUAGCUCCUUGUCCAGAUUCCAAGUGUCCUCCCAUCCCACUCUUUAUGUUUCGGGGCUCAGCUGUAAAUUGUGUUUUCUUUCAGGACAUGAACAGUGAGCUGGUGGGAGAUUUCGAACUGCUUUGAAGGUGCAAUAAACGGCAAACGUAUUGGGCUUAAUUUAAAAAUUUGAGUAUUGGACAGUGUAGAGGUUCAAAUGUUGAGUUGGUCAAUUGUGCGUCUGAUCUCUGGGUUUUGUCAUACAAAUGGGACGAUUGUGGAACCUCAGCAAAUAAGGGGCCAUGCUUUGUAAAUGUUAGUUUGUGUUCUAAUUAGUUAACUGUGAUCCCCCCCCCCCCCCCCAAACACACACAUUUUAUCUUGUAAAUAGCCAUGUUGUUUUCAUUUAUGUUCUAGGUUUCAACUUGAUGAAAGGCUAAAUGAAGGAGUGUUUAUCAGAACCUUCUGCUUGUAGCUGUCGGUCGGCUUCAAGAACCUUUUUCUUUAACAGCCUUUUUUAUUUUUAUUGUUGCAUGCUGGAUGCUUGAAGUUGUGACGCCCCCCCCCGCAUAUGCUCUAAAAACCACUUGAUUAUUUGUGAUUAGCCCAUAUGCUAGAAGAAUUAAUGAAUGCCUUGAAACAGUGUGCAUUAAGCCAAAGUCCUCAGUUUUGGCAUGGAAAUUGAGCAUUUGCACUGGCAAGCUUUGUUUUGUGACUUAGUCUUUGUGAAUGUUUUCAUGGUUCUACCCCCAAAAAAACUAAACGACAAAAAAAUGCUUGUCUUGAAUAUUAAGUAGAUAAUGAAGAAUUAAUCACCAGGCUUUUAAUGACUACAAAACAGUAAGAUGUUUGAGUGAUUUCUUUAGCUUGCUUCAUUGCUGCUCACCAUUAACACGCCUUCUAACCUAAAGUCACCUAAUGGCAUUAGGCUACAGCCCAAAGACCCACGUGUGGCCCGUAGACUGCAGAGUUCUUGCCUUAGCCACACACACCGGUCCCUCGUGAGGAGACCCGUCACCCCAGAUCCGGAGACGGCCGGUCCCGCGGACGCGGGAGCCGCAUUCCUCGACAACGCGCUGUCACAUGUCGCCGUCGUGGUGCGUCCAAACACGGCUGGUCUCCAUGGAAACCACUAGAUGUCCAUUGUGCUGCCUUCUCUGCAGCUUCCCCCACAAGUCACUCAGUAACUGCACCUCUUAAAGAAAAGUGCCUUAUUCAGUUAAUAUCAGUUGUUUGUAAAGUGAUAUGCCACCUAUUAAAUAUCAAUGGGAUUCAGCACUUUCCGUCCCCAGUGAAGUGAUUUUCUAUGUUGUAUUCAGCUUGUCUUGUCACGCUCAGCCUUAACUUCUUUGAAUCCACAGGACACUUGCUUGUUAUAGGCUUUCCACAUACAUUACAGGCCUAUUCUGUUUGUGCUGGAUGUUUCUUGCACCGUUGUCGACCUUAAGCCUGGAUGGAGCCCGGACAGCUUCAUCGCUAACCCGCCGGUGUUGUUCUGACCACAGCCACAGGUUCCUGGUGAUCUCACGGUCUUAACUGGCACACGAUGACUUGAACUCUACACUGGUUGUAAUAUUUCCUUCGUUGCGUCCGAUGACACGUUUUCUGUCUGGUAGGAUUUUGAAAUUCGAUCCGCGUUUGCUUGGUCACGUUGGGCUCUCAUUCCAUCCCAGGAGCAGCAAGUAAAAAGCUUUUUGAUUCCCUCCAUCGCUUUGUUGCCUCUAUUGCCAUGAGCACACAGCAGUGCCAUACUUUCUGCCAGUUGUUAAGGCUCUCCAUCCUUUAGGGGCAGUUUUGCUUUCUUUGCUUUAACACCCACACAAAUGCCACAAAAGCCCUAUAAAAAAGUUUUGAGCUUAAUUUUCUCUCAAUCUGUUGUUUUUGCCUUGUUUUCUAUUAGUUUCAAAAUGUAAAACCAAUAAAGUUUGAAUAUUGUUAAACAAA